GAGUGAUCCAAAAGCAAAGUGUCCAAGACUUUCCAACAAAAUGGUGUUGCUGCAGCUCUAUCGUUGAUAACAUCCGGAUAAGGUCGCCUUCAUAUCAUAGCAUGGAAGGGGGAUAGCUAGCUAGCUAGAGUAUUCGAUAGGGAAGUUAUCUACGAAAGCAUACAUACAUUUCUUUGUGAUCCAUCCAUCCAUCCAUUUUUAGGGACCAUGGGCAACAAACAUUCGAGACCGUCCGUGGCGAGCACUUCCGCCGAGACGACUCCUGAGAAACGGAGUUCUCUGGGAUCCUUUUUGAAGCGAAAGUCGAAUGGCGGCCGACGGCGAAGUUCGGCCGUGAGGUUGUUGGGUAAACUGGCGUUCCUGUCCAACCAUAGCAGCAGCAGCAAUGCCAAAAAGAAGAAAACGGAGAACAAGAAAACGGAGAACAAGAAACUGCGCGUCACUCCACCGCCCACGCCCACACUACCCGAAGUUCAUCCCGAAGAGAUCCUUCUAACUGUAUCCAAACAACAACAGGAUGUCUCGUCGGAGAUUUCCAUGCUUCCAUCCAAAGAAGAGCUGUCCGUGCCGUUUCCAUUCCAACCUCAGGAAACUCCAACUCCAAUUCCAAACACCUUGAGACAUUCUGUGGCAGGGACCACUAAAUUGGAAAACAACGACACAAAGAACAGUGCAAAGCCGAGCCGUAGAAACACCGUGGCGGUUUCUUCCCAGAACAAGAAGAACAAGUCAACUGGAGGUCCCAAUAAGACGACGAAACCCAACUUGACAGAAGCUUCGGAGACGACUUCAGAUGCAACCAAACUCGCUUCCGAAAAUCCCGACCCCCAAACCACCACACAGGAAAAGCAACGAAGAAACACGGUAGUUGUAGCCUCGUCACGGAACAAUGGGGCGGCAUCCCCUCCUCCCAAAAGCAGCAGUUCUACCACAAAACGACGGAGAGGUACCGUGGCGACUACUACUACUACUGUGAAAAGGAGCGAAGCCGCAUCUCCACCUCUCAAGCAGACCAAACGAGGCUCCACACCUGUGGCCUUUCAACAACCACAACCACAACCACAACACAUCAUCAUCCCAAUAAGUGACACCCAAGAAACACCCUCUUCCAAGAAUGAGCAACAGCCAUUCCAACAAACUUCCGUACUUCCCAUGACACGUAGCUCCACUCCAACGGAGUCUCCACAACCACCACCAAAGAAACGCAGUUCCACACCCGUCAGUCGCCCAACAACUCCAAAACCAACAAAACGAAGUUCUACACCCGUCAAUAAUAAUGGCACCAAUAGUCCAAAACCAAACAAACGAAGUUCUUCUACACCUCGCCCCUCGAGUCCAAAACCAACUACUACUAGCAAGAGAAGCUCUACACCUGUUAGUCGUCCAACAACUCCAAAGCCAACGAAACGCAGCUCCACACCAGUCAAUAAUGGGAGAAAGAGUCCAAAGCCAAACAAGAGAAGCUCGACACCCGUCAACACUGGGAGAAAGAGUAGUCCAAAGCCAAACAAACGUAGCUCCACACCAGUCAGUCGUCCAACAUCUCCAGAGGCCAACAAACGUAGCUCCACUCCUACACCUGCUGGUGCAAGAGGUAGUAGUAGUCCCAAACCAAACAACACGCAAAGUUCCAUCGCUCCUCCUAUGCCGACAAGCUCCACCCGUGUACCAACCAUGCCCGCAAUGCAAGACUUGUCGAGUGCCGUGCCAAGUGUCACACCAGCGCCGACAGUUCCAAAGCAAUCGGAGCAAACGAAUGCUGUUGUUGUUCUUCUUCCUGCAAACAACAACAACAGAGCAACGACUACAGAACUGCAAAGCAGCAAACAACAAAGUCCAACCCAAGAUGCAGAACAACCAAUCCUGACCAAUGCUUCUACUACACAACCACCAGCGGUGGUAGGCAGUAGUAAUAAUAAUAGUCAGAAAGCCACCAUCAUCGUGACACGAGCAACAAACAACGUCAGGCGGUGCUCCACUCCAGUGCUCACUACUACUACUACUACUACCACUGGCAUCGCCACGACCACGUUGAACAGCAACAAAGACAACAACAAUCUCACUGUACCGUGGUGGCACAGUAGCAAAGGCGACGAUAGCAAUAACAACAACAACAACAAUCCUGCAGGACAGAAAUCCAGAAGGUGCUCAACACCAGUUCUUCUAGAAGGCGAGGCCGCUGGCACAACGCCCAAGACUGCUGAGGUUGGUAACAACAGCUCAUCAGUAAAGCAAGCCAGAAGAACCUCCACUCCAAUUUUAUCAUUAAACUCUUCUCCUGCCUCACUUGUUGUCUCGGAACAAAUCUCAACUCCAGAUCGUUCGGAGGAUUCACCAACUGUGUGCUCCACCUCAAUAAUAAGAGGUGAGGAGACACCAUCGACGAUAAUGAAGACAGAACGACCCGAAACCCCCGCGUUCCCGGCCUUGAACGUGCAUCCGACAACCACGCAAGAAAACAAACAACAAGCCAAGAGAGGAAGCAGUUGGAAUCCACCGUUUCUUCAAUCCGCUCUUUUCACUUCGGGUACUACUAGUACGCCAUAUCCGGAACAGGCACCAACAGAGAGCAGUGCUACAACAACUCGAAAGAGCAUUCUUCCGUCAAACAGAACAGCACGACAUAGUAGUAUAUUGCCCAUGGUAGAGGAAGAAGAUCCGUCCGGCAAGGAAAUGUGUCCACCACGACGAAGGAGCCGAACGUCGCUGUCGGGUCGUCCAAACCCAAGGAGAAGCAGCGUGUUCCAGGUCAAUCAAAAUGGAGGUCUUUCGCUGCUGUUUGACGGGGAAGACAUUUCAGACGAGUCAGAGACAGACCUGUCAUUUCAUUCGAGAAGAAAUAGCCGAAAUUCAUUGUCUGGGUCUCGCAGAAGGAGCAACAAUCGCAGCAUCUCGUCCUUGUUGGGAGGGGAAGACUUGUCUGGGUCAGAGACAGAGCUCUUGCAGCAGCCACGAAAAAAGUCAAUAUUGUCGGGUCGCCCAAAUCCAAGGAGGAGCAGUGUUUUUCGGGUUAAUGCAAGUGGGGGCAUAGCUCCAAUGACACCGGGAGAUGACAUGCCAGAGUCUGAAACAACACCGAAGAAAUGUCAAAGCUCAACAGCUUCCUUGUUUGGGUUCUCGAAACCACGUCGUAGUGUGUUUCAGAUGGGUCCGACAGGUGGAAUAACGCCACUGAUAGACAUGUCCAUGUCAGAGUCAGAGUUUGAAGAGGAAGUAUCUUUGGCAGUCCAGCCGAGUCCACUAUCCCCGUUAUUGGAGGACGGUGAUGAAGAAGAGGAGUUGUCUACCGUUGGACUUAAACCAUGUCCUGCACGCCCAAGGAGGAGCAACAUGUUCUUGAGAAUGAUGCCGAGACGACAGCCUCUCAUUUCGUCGGAAGAUGAUGAUUUUUCGGAGGCGUGCAACUCGGAAGCUAAAAAAGCUGAAGCUACUUCACCACCCACUGCACCCUCGAGAAGAACAAGUCUGUUUGCAGGAAUAUUGUCACGGCAUCAGACACCAACGGAUGACGAAGCCCCAAUAAUUGCUGAAAAUGUGUCUAAAGCCGAAAGGAGACGUUCCAGUGGCAGCGCAGUUGGCCUGACUUCAAGUGUGUUUUCUCUGCUCACCUUCCCAUCGCUAGCCAGACGAAAUAGCACUAAUUACACCCCCAUGGAUGUCAAGAAGGCACUUAAGAUUGCACCCAAAUCCAAGUGGAAAUUGGAGAAGGUGAGAUUCUCUGGUCAGUUUGACUGCAACAAGAUGGGAAAAUGGGAAGAGGUCCGUGGGAAACGAAUUGACAAGGGCAUCAAGAAAUUCACCGCCAACCCAGACAAGUACGUGGCAAUUACUUUUCAAAACAGCAUGAGGUUUGCUCACAGCACAAAAAACAAUGUAUACACACUCAUUCACCGAGAAGGCACUACCCCAAUCAAUCCCCUGGACACAGCUUCUGAUGGCAGGAUGAGCUUGAUGAUAAACAAGUAUCAACACUUGCGGUCCAUGCCCAAUGACACAUUGCCAUUGGCCAACCGUGAUGCAUUUUCAUGGGAUCUGACAUUUGAUGGACAACUGCUCCAUGAUCGGGAUAAUCCACCCAUCCUACCGGGCCGUGGCAUGGGUGUUGGCGAUACACCCAAUUUGAAGAUCAUUGGUGACAUUGAUCCUGCCGACAUUGUACAGGGUGAAGUUGGUAACUGCUGGCUGUUAUCAGCCAUUUCUGCUUUGGCGGAGUUUGAUGGUGCCAUCAAGAAGCUGUUUCGCAAAACCAAGAACCUGGAUAGCAUGCCAGGCGAUGGCCCGAACAUGUACACCAUCUCUCUGUUUGAUCUGACCACAUGGAAAGAGGUGGACAUUGUAAUUGACGAAUCUCUAUGUGGCCACCCAUUUAGGCAUGGCGAACUUCUGGGUGCUCAGAUUACUGAAGAUGGUGAACUGUGGGUGAGCUACUUGGAAAAGGCUUUCAUGGUGCAUUGUGGAGGUGGCUGGGAUGACCUUGAAGGUGGCCACUGCACCCAUGCCUGGUCCAUGAUGACAGGAUGCAAAGAGCAGUACUUUAUUCGCAAGAAUUACCACACAGGCAAAUACCACUGCUCUGCCAAGUAUGACAUGUUCACCAAGCAGUGGAAGCAGCUGCAGAACCAACCUCGGCACAAGGACAUGGCUGGUUUGGAGCCCAUUGCAUGGCCCAAGGUUGGCGGUGGUGGUGCCAUGGGUCUGGAGAUAUCUCAGGAUGAGUUGUUCAUGCAGAUGUUUGCCUGGGACCAAGUGGACUACAUUGUGGGAGCCAGCUCUAAGGGAACAUCAGAAGAGGAAAUUGCCAGCGGAAUGGUCCGCAACCAUUGCUAUUCUGUCAUUGAUGCUCAUCACAACGUAGCUGCAACGGGCAUUGACCUCUUCAAAGUAAGGAAUCCAUGGGGCCACGGAGAAAUAGAAGAUGGCCAGUUCGGAGACACUGGCUCAGGCUGGGAAGACUACCCUCAGAUCAAAGCACUGCUCAAACCAGUUGUAGCAGAUGACGGCAUCUUCUACAUGACCAAGGCAGAGUUUUUUGUGUUCUUUGAUCACAUUUACCUGAGCGCCUGCAGUAUGACACAGUUCAAGGAAGACUAAUGCCAUUGUAUACAUCUUGAUAUCCAUAGCUGCAAAAUGACCUGAUAAUUUUGUUUUAGUUCAGCUGUCGUUUAGUU